AUGGUCAAAGCUGUUGCUAUUUUAAAGGGUGAUACCGAGGUUUCCGGUAUAGUUUACUUCGAACAAAAGUCUGAAGAUGAGCCUACUACCGUGACUUACGAAAUUACCGGCAAUACUCCAAACUCUGAACGUGGUUUCCACGUCCACGAAUUCGGUGACGUCACUAACGGUUGUACUUCUGCUGGUGCACAUUUUAACCCAUUCAACAAGACUCAUGGUCAUCCAAACUCUGAAGACAGACACGUCGGUGACAUGGGUAACAUCAAGGCCGAUGCCAAAGGUGUCGCCAAGGGUGCCUUCACCGACAAGCUGGUCAAGUUGAUCGGCCCAACCUCUGUUAUUGGUAGAUCCGUCGUUGUUCACUCCGGCACCGAUGAUUAUGGUUUGGGUGGUCACGCAGACUCCUUAACAACCGGUAAUGCUGGUGGUAGAAACGCCUGCGGUGUUAUUGGUGUCACUAACGCUUAA